GUGUCCCCGGUGCUGGCGGGCUUCCUGGGCGCCGGGGUCCUGGUGGUCUCAGUCACGGUGGCCGUCUUCCUCUGGACCUGCUGCCAGCGUCGCUACCGCCAGCUGACGGGCAGUUACAAGCUCCAAUCGGGACCCUGCGACCCGGCCGUGGACCCGCCCUACAAGUUCAUCCACAUGCUCAAGGGAAUCAGCAUCUACCCGGAGACACUUAGUAACAAGAAGAUCGUCCGCGUGGGUCGACGCCCGGGCUCCUCGCGUAAUGGCGGCGGAUCCGGCGUUGAGUGGGGUCGUAAUGGUGAGCGAGGAAGAGGAGGGGGAGGAAGGGUGACGCUAGUGGACGUCAACCCAGAAACGGGCCUGCUCAACGGCUCCACCAAUCUGCAGAUGAGCCACCUACUGCCCCCUGCUGGACAGCCCAGGUUAGAGCAGGUGCUGCCCAUCCGCGCCGACUACUGCUGCCUGGAGAGCAGCUCCAGGGGUAACAGCAGUAGCAGUAGCUGUGACGCCAGCAAGACAGCCUCGCCCUUUACCCCGUGCCAGGGGGAGGGCACCACAAUGCCGCCCGCUGCCCUAGGCACCCUCAGCCUGGCCGUGGACUACAACUUCCCCAAGAAGGCGCUGGUGGUGACCAUUGUUGGCGCCCAGGGUCUGCCCGCCGUGGACGAGCAGGCGGGUAGCUCGGACCCCUACGUGAAGAUGACCAUACUGCCAGAAAAGAAGCAUCGGGUCAAGGUGAGUCUGGUUCCUCUGGAGGUUUCUUCCUACCUACAUUUACAUUUACAUUUUAGUCAUUUAGCAGACGCUCUUAUCCAGAGCGACUUACAGUUAGCACAUACAUUAUUUUAUCGAACCCACAACCCUGGCGUUGCAAACGCCAUGCUCUACCAACUGAGCUACAUCCCCUGCCGGCCAUUCCCUCCCCUACCCUGGACGACGCUGGGCCAAUUGUGCGUCGCCCCAUGGGUCUCCCGGUCGCAGCCGGCUACGACAGAGCCUGGAUUCGAACCAGGAUCUCUGGUGGCACGACGCUGGGCCAAUUGUGCGUCGCCCCAUGGGUCUCCCGGUCGCAGCCGGCUACGACAGAGCCUGGAUUCGAACCAGGAUCUCUGGUGGCAUACCUACAGGGUUGAUCCUUUCCACUGUUUUCUCUGAUUUGCGUUGUUGAGGGUUUAGGUAUUUGGGGUUGUGGUUGUGGUCCUAAUUAGGCUAAUACUGUUAUUAUUGAAUUAUUUGAAUUAUCAUUAUUACAGAUUUUAGAUAAAAAAUAAGAAAACACAAUUUUUUAUUUAUUGUGCAAACAUGCGGCAAGAAAGGUUUGAAGACCCCUGCAUUAUCCCUGUUAUUUGUUAUUGUAAAAUAGUUACUGUUAGUGUCACUGUAACUGUUUAAGUGUUACUGUAAGUGUAACUGUUUUAAGUGCUACUGUCACAAUAACAACCAGACUGAAAUAUAACCGAUUGCUCUGCAGACCCGCGUUCUGAGGAAGACUCUGGAGCCGGUGUUUGAUGAGACGUUUACGUUCUACGGCGUGGCCUACAGCGCACUGCCCGACCUCACGCUGCACUUCCUGGUGCUAAGCUUUGACCGCUUUGCCCGUGACGAUGUCAUCGGGGAGGUGGCGGUGCCCCUGGCAGGAGUGGACCCCAGCACGGGACGAGUCCACAUCACCCAACAGAUCAGCAAGAGACACAUCCAGGUGAGGGAUGGGGAUGAAGGGAAAGGAAUGGAUGGAGGGAGGGAGGAGAGGAGGCAUUACCUUUUUUUCUUUUUUUUUUUUUUUCGGGGGGAAUGGAUCAGCUUAAUAUUGCAGAUAGAUUGUAUCUUCUAUCAAUGUAAUUGUCUGCAUCACUUCCAAUUUUUUAAUUUUUUUUAUAUUUACAUUUACAUUUACGUCAUUUAGCAGACGCUCUUAUCCAGAGCGACUUACAGUUAGUGAAUACAUUAUUUAUUUUUUUAUACUGGCCCCCCGUGGGAAUCAAACCCACAACCCUGGCGUUGCAAACGCCAUGCUCUAUCAACUGAGCUACAUCCCUGCCGGCCAUUCCCUCCCCUACCCUGGACGACGCUGGGCCAAUUGUGCGCCGCCCAUGAGUCUCCCGGUCGCGGCUUAUAUAUAUAUAUUCCCCUUUAUUACUUUUCAACCCCACCAUCCUUUCCCUACUUGGAGUAAAUUAGUGAACAACAACGCCCAGGCCUCUACUUCCGGUCUAUACUUACUAUCUACACCUUAUGGACAGAGUUAAUUUUACAAUAAUUCUAUUAAUAUAUAUAGGAGGCAUUACCUUGAUUUAUUACCUUUAUUUAGGUUGGUUAUUAAGAACACAUACAUUCUCUUUGAUAAUAAUGACCUGACAAAUAGACCCAUCCUGGUUAGAGAAGGGGAUGAGGAAUGGAGGAGAGAGAGGAGAAACUGGAUGAUGGAGGAGGAUUUGUAUUUGUAUAAAAAAUAAAUUUCAGAGGAAGAAAGGUGAGGGAUGGGGGAUAGAUGAUGAAAUAUACUCUAGAAAGAAGGACAGAGGAAGAGGGGGGGAAGGGAGGGAGAGAAGGGAAGGGGUGUGGUAAAAGAGAGCAAUUCAGAGAGCGAUGAGUAGACAGAAUUUGAGGAUAGAGGGAGGAGUUGGAAAGGUGAGGGGGGGGGGGGGGGGGGGGGGGGGGGGGGGAGAGAGAGGAGGUUAGGAUGGAUAGGUGGAGCAGUUACUGGGCUUUUAUGACCAGCAACACUUGAGAUGAAGGGGGAGGGAUAAGGAGAACGACGUGAGAGAGAGAAAGAAAGAGGGAAAGAUGGAGAGAAAGAGAGAAGAGACCGACAAUAAUCAUUACUGGCUUCUAGCACAGGGUUGGCAGAAGGGUGAUACAUUUGCAAAAUAAAUGUCUACAGAUUUAAAUAUGAUGAAAUGGUAUAAAUAAUAUAAUAACCAAUCCUGGCUUGUUUGCUUUUUGGCAAACAAUCUUUCUUUCAUUGAAUCAUUAUCACACACGCAUGCAAACACUCCACACACACACAUACAGUGGGGAAAAAAAGUAUUUAGUCAGCCACCAAUUGUGCAAGUUCUCCCACUUAAAAAGAUGAGAGAGGCCUGUAAUUUUAAUCAUAGGUACACGUCAAAUAUGACAGACAAAUUGAGGAAAAAAAAUCCAGAAAAUCACAUUGUAGGAUUUUUAAUGAAUUUAUUUGCAAAUUAGGGUGGAAAAUAAGUAUUUGGUCACCUACAAACAAGCAAGAUUUCUGGCUCUCACAGACCUGUAACUUCUUCUUUAAGAGGCUCCUCUGUCCUCCACUCGUUACCUGUAUUAAUGGCACCUGUUUGAACUUGUUAUCAGUAUAAAAGACACCUGUCCACAACCUCAAACAGUCACACUCCAAACUCCACUAUGGCCAAGACCAAAUAGCUGUCAAAGGACACCAGAAACAAAAGUGUAGACCUGCACCAGGCUGGGAAGACUGAAUCUGCAAUAGGUAAGCAGCUUGGUUUGAAGAAAUCAACUGUGGGAGCAAUUAUUAGGAAAUGGAAGACAAACAAGACCACUGAUAAUCUCCCUCGAUCUGGGGCUCCACGCAAGAUCUCACCCUGUGGGGUCAAAAUGAUCACAAGAACGGUGAGCAAAAAUCCCAGAACCACACGGGGGGACCUAGUGAAUGACCUGCAGAGAGCUGGGACCAAAGUAACAAAGCCUACCAUCAGUAACACACUACGCCGCCAGGGGCUCAAAUCCUGCAGUGCCAGACGUGUCCCCCUGCUUAAGCCAGUACAUGUCCAGGCCCGUCUGAAGUUUGCUAGAGUGCAUUUGGAUGAUCCAGAAGAGGAUUGGGAGAAUGUCAUAUGGUCAGAUGAAACCAAAAUAGAACUUUUUGGUAAAAACUCAAAUCGUCGUGUUUGGAGGACAAAGAAUGCUGAGUUGCAUCCAAAGAACACCAUACCUACUGUGAAGCAUGGGGGUGGAAACAUCAAGCUUUGGGGCUUUUUUUCUGCAAAGGGACCAGGACGACUGAUCCGUGUAAAGGAAAGAAUGAAUGGGGCCAUGUAUCGUGAGAUUUUGAGUGAAAACCUCCUUCCAUCAGCAAGGGCAUUGAAGAUGAAACGUGGCUGGGUCUUUCAGCAUGACAAUGAUCCCAAACACAACCGCCCGGGCAACGAAGGAGUGGCUUCGUAAGAAGCAUUUCAAGGUCCUGGAGUGGCCUAGCCAGUCUCCAGAUCUCAACCCCAUAGAAAAUCUUUGGAGGGAGUUGAAAGUCUGUGUUGCCCAGCGACAGCCCCAAAACAUCACUGCUCUAGAGGAGAUCUGCAUGGAGGAAUGGGCCAAAAUACCAGCAACAGUGUGUGAAAACCUUGUGAAGACUUACAGAAAACGUUUGACCUGUGUCAUUGCCAACAAAGGGUAUAUAACAAAGUAUUGAGAAACUUUUGUUAUUGACCAAAUACUUAUUUUCCACCAUAAUUCGCAAAUAAAUUCAUAAAAAAUCCUACAAUGUGAUUUUCUGGAUUUUUUUUCCUCAUUUUGUCUGUCAUAGUUGACGUGUACCUAUGAUGAAAAUUACAGGCCUCUCUCAUCUUUUUAAGUGGGAGAACUUGCACAAUUGGUGGCUGACUAAAUACUUUUUUUCCCCACUGUACAUGCAGCUGAAACGUAUCUGUGAGGCUGGUCUGUGUGUGUGUGUCUGUAUUGAUUGGAGACCCAUUAGGCCCAUAAAAGUGGAGAGAGCCUGGCGUUAUCUCUGCCUGUAGGAAGACAUCCAUCAGAGCACGGAAACAAAAGCCUUUUCCCCACAUCAUUACACAUCAUCCAUAUACGGCAGGGAGAGGAGAGGAGAGGGGGGGGGGGAAGAGAGAGAGAGAGAGAGAGCGCCUAGACUAAUAGUCUAGAGCUGAGAUAGAGAUACGAGAUCGCUAGUCAUGCAUAUACCUCCUAGCGCCUCGAUAUCUCUCUACUCUCCUUAGCCUAUCUCUAUACAGAGAGCUCUCUCGCUCUAGAUACUCUCUCGCUGCUCUCUCUCUCUGCUCUCGUCUCCGCCUCUUGCUCUCUCGCUCUCUUGCUCUCUCUCGCGCUCCUCUCCGCCUCUUCUCUCCUCUCUCUCUCUUCCUUCUCUCUCUCUCUCUCUCUCUCUCUCUCUCCUCUCUCUCCUCUCUCUCGCUCGCUCCGCUCGGCGCGCGCCUCCGCGCGCGGUCUCUAGAGAGCUCUCGAGGCUAUCGAUAUAGACUCUAGAUGAGAGGAACUCCGCCCAACACUAUCUGCACUGAGAAAAAGAUAACCAAGAUAGAGAAACCUGCACUGAAUGCAAAAUCUGCACUGAUUACACCAUAUGGCUUUUAGGACAGACUGUAAAUAACCCACACACCAUUAGGCCCCCACAGAGACAUUAAAACAUAAUGAUAUAAUCUCUAGAGCUCAUGCAGUACGCACAGCUACUCUUCGAAGACAGCAGACAUACACACAUGCACGCACACGGUCAUGCACACACACGUGUAAACACAUUACAGGUAUAAGUAUCAUUCCCAGUGCCACUGUAAGCCUGUCAAGCGAGACAGUACAGAAAUGUAUACACACAAUCAUAAUUUCUUCCUCCAUGUACACAUACACUCACUCCAACAUUCUAAAUUUCACCUCCAUGCAGUCACACUAUUUCGCACCCCUCUCCCUCAUGUGGAGAUGUAUAAGUACAUACUUCCACCAUCUCCUCUCCCUCUAUUUCUCUUCUUUCCCUGUCUCAUCUUCCUUUCUCUUCCUCUCUGUUAUCUCUCUCUACCCCCUCUCUCCCCCUCUUCCUCUCCUUCCAUCUCUCUCUCAUCUCUUUACACCGUUGUUCAGAAGAGGGCCUUAAAUUGAAUUCCCUCCUAUUUUACUGCAACCUUAAGGGGUUUAGAGACAGGAUGGAAUCGAUCUUCCAGUAGAGAGAGAACUUACUUAAAUAGGAGAGGGAGAGAGAUUAGUUUGUGGAAAUGAAAAAGAGGAGACAUGGGUAUCUGCUGAUGGAGAGAAAGAGAGCAAUGGCAAUGAAAAAAGAAAGAGAGAGAGAGAUGGAUGAGAGAGAGAAUAGUGUUUUUGGACGGAGAGAAAGCAAGACGGAACUGUGGGGGAAAAAAAGGAUUGUGGCCGGACCAUACGUCCAGAGGAGACGUCCAUGAAACUUUUAACUGGGGGGAACUUAAGUGGAGGGGGAAGUUUAAAUUAUUGAAGUGGGGGACAGUAAAGACGUCACACUCAUUACGACAGCAGUAGCUCACACACUUAGCGGUGGUUCAUAAAAGCUAUUAUCCGUUUAGAACAUAAAAAGGUAUCUUUUGAGCAUGGCCAUUGUGAUUCUCCACCAUUCUACAGUAGCGCUUAAACGCUUCAAAACUCCCAUUCAGCACAAGCCGUCCAAAAUGUCACAUUGGUUUAUAUGGCGGCAUUAGCUCCUAGCGCUGUUAUGACUGUGCCUUGCAGCAAGAACCAUUUACUUGUACUUUAGAUUAAAAUGUCAGGGAACUAAGCAAUGCCAAACAUGGUGGGUCAUUUCUGCAUUUCGCACUGCAGUGAGUCUAUGGCAUGUUAAUUUAUAUACUCAAACGGUGCUUUUAAGUAUGAAAUGCACCAUUUACUACAUAAGUACUUUAGAAUAUAGUCAAAAAUAUUAAAAUGGUAGGGAACUGAGCUAUUGUACACUACAAAUGGUUGUGUACAGACUGCAGUGGUUUCAGACUAUUUGUGUUUUUCGUAGAGCAGAGCUCCCCUGCCCCUAGUAGUCCUGCUCACUAAUGAAAAAGCUACUGAUACACUGUAGUAGAGACAAUUAGGAGGCUAUCUAUUUACGCCAUACUUUGCAUGCAGAUCCCAGAGCAGAUGGUAGCAGAUUUACGCGCACACGUCCGCACACACAUUACACAGACACACAUCUCGGCCUGGGUAAUUCUCUAUUUCUCCGAUCUAAGUUCAAGCUCAGCCUUGGGCCGCCUCCCACAGCGCGUUGCCAUGGUGACACCUAGACGUAGUAUAGGAAUUCACGCUCUGAGAAAGAGUGAGAGACAUGAAAGCAGUGAAAAAGAGAGUGGGACCAAGAGAAAAACUAAGAGAGAGAUGAACAGAAAGAUGGGGAUAGCCGCAGGUCUACAGAUAUUAGUUUUACUGUCAUUAUGUAUGGUGUAUGAAUUGUGUGCAUACUGGAAGUGUAGGUGGAUGGGUGGGUUAUGGAGGUUUGUCUGCCAUAUUUUUGUGCAAGUCAGGUUUUGUGUGUAUGAGGGUACUUUGUGUGUGUAAUGUACAGUGCCUUCAGAAAGUAUUCACACCCCUUGACUUUUUCCACAUUUUGUGUUCCAGUCUGAAUUUAAUAUGGAUUAAAUUGAGAUUUUGUGUCACUGAUCUACACACAAUACCCCAUAAUGUCAAAGUGGAGUUGUGUUUUUAGAAAUGUUUACAAAUUAAUAAAAAAUGUAAUGUCCUGAUUCAAUAAGUAUUCAACCCUUUUUUUUUAUGGCAAAUCUAAAUAAGUUCAGAAGUACAAAUGUGCUUAACAAGUCACAUAAUACGUUGCAUGGACUCACUCUGUGUGCAAUAAUGGUGUUCAACAUCAUUUUUAAAUGACUCACCCGUCUCUGUACCCCACACAUACAAUUAUCUGUAAGGUCAGUUACAGAGUUUAAUGGCUGUGAUAGGAGAAAACUGAGGAUGGAUCAACAACAUUGUAGUUACUCCACAAUACUAACCUAAAUGACAGAGGGAAAAGAAGGAAGCCUCUACAGAAUAAAAAUAUUCAAAAAAAUGCAUCCUGUUUGCAAUAAGGCACUAAAGUAAUACAGCAAAAAAUGUGGCAAAGAAAUUAACUUUUUGUCCAGUCUACAUAUUUUCAAGCAUGUUGGUGGCUGCAUCAUUUUAUGGGUAUGCUUGUCAUCGGCAAGGACUAGGGAGUUUUUUUUGGGGUAAAAAUAAAUGGAAUAGAGCUAAGCUCAGGCAAAAUCCUAAAGGAAAACUUGGUUCAGUCUCCUUUCCGACAGACACUGGGAGACAAAAUCACCUUUCAGCAGGACAAUUACCUAAAACACAAGGCCAAAUAUACACUGGAGUUGUUUACCAAGACGACGUUGAAUGUUCCAGAAUGAUCUUAAGUUUUGACUUAAAUUGGCUUAAAUCUAUGGCAAGACUUGAAAAUGGCUGUCUAGCUGUCUAGCAACUUAUUUAGAUUUGCCAUAAAAAAAGGGUUGAAUACUUAUUGAAUCAGGACAUUUCAUUUUUUAUUAAAUUGUAAACAUUUACAAAUUACUCCAUCAACGUGACAGAGCUUGAAGAUUUUUUUUUAAGAAUGGGCAAAUAUUGUACAAUCCAGGUGUGGAAAGCUCUUAGAGACUUACCCAGAAAGGCACGCAGCUGUAAUCGCUGCCAAAGGUGAUUCUAACAUGUAUUGAGUCAGGGGGUUGAAUGCUUAUCUAAUCGAUGAAUUCGUGUUUUAUUUUCCAUUUAUGUGUCUUUUUUUUUUUUGAAUUUCUCUUCCACUUUGACAUUGGAGUAUUUUGUGUAGAUAGUUCAGGAAAAAAUGACAGUUAAAUCCAUUUUAAUCCCACUUUGUAACACAACAAAAUGCGGAAAAGGUCAAGGGGUGUGAAAACUUUCUGAUGGCACUGUAUGUGUGUGUUCUAACUGUGUUCUCCCCGCUGUGUGUGUGCGUGUGCAUCUACAUUCUAACCCUGUGCUCUCUCUGCAGUGCGUGUGCAUCUACAUUCUAACCCUGUGCUCUCUCUGCAGUGCGUGUGCAUCUACAUUCUAACCCUGUGCUCUCUCUGCAGUGCGUGUGCAUCUACAUUCUAACCCUGUGCUCUCUCUGCAGUGUGUGAGCAUCUACAUUCUAACCCUGUGCUCUCUCUGCAGUGUGUGUGCAUCUACAUUCUAACCCUGUGCUCUCUCUGCAGUGUGUGUGUGGAUCUACAUUCUAACCCUGUGCUCUCUCUGCAGUGCGUGUGCAUCUACAUUCUAACCCUGUGCUCUCUCUGCAGUGCGUGUGCAUCUACAUUCUAACCCUGUGCUCUCUCUGCAGUGUGUGUGCAUCUACAUUCUAACCCUGUGCUCUCUCUGCAGUGUGUGUGCAUCUACAUUCUAACCCUGUGCUCUCUCUGCAGUGUGUGAGCAUCUACAUUCUAACCCUGUGCUCUCUCUGCAGUGUGUGUGCAUCUACAUUCUAACCCUGUGCUCUCUCUGCAGUGUGUGUGCAUCUACAUUCUAACCCUGUGCUCUCUCUGCAGUGUGUGUGCAUCUACAUUCUAACCCUGUGCUCUCUCUGCAGUGUGUGUGCAUCUACAUUCUAACCCUGUGCUCUCUCUGCAGUGUGUGUGCAUCUACAUUCUAACCCUGUGCUCUCUCUGCAGUGUGUGUGCAUCUACAUUCUAACCCUGUGCUCUCUCUGCAGUGUGUGUGUGGAUCUACAUUCUAACCCUGUGCUCUCUCUGCAGUGUGUGUGCAUCUACAUUCUAACCCUGUGCUCUCUCUGCAGUGUGUGUGGAUCUACAUUCUAACCCUGUGCUCUCUCUGCAGUGUGUGUGCAUCUACAUUCUAACCCUGUGCUCUCUCUGCAGUGUGUGUGCAUCUACAUUCUAACCCUGUGCUCUCUCUGCAGUGUGUGUGCAUCUACAUUCUAACCCUGUGCUCUCUCUGCAGUGUGUGUGCAUCUACAUUCUAACCCUGUGCUCUCUCUGCAGUGUGUGAGCAUCUACAUUCUAACCCUGUGCUCUCUCUGCAGUGUGUGAGCCGUGGGGAGCUGCUGGUGUCGCUGUCCUACCAGCCUGUCACUCACAGGCUCAAUGUGGUGGUGCUGAAGGCCAAACACCUGCCCAAGAUGGACAUCACUGGCCUAUCAGGCAGUGAGUACUACACAAACGCACGCACACACAAACACACACACACACACACACACACACAUCUCACCCCCUUUCCCCUCUAUCCAUCCCUCACAGACCCCUACGUGAAGGUGAACGUGUUCUACGGCCGCAAGCGCAUCGCCAAGAAGAAGACUCACGUGAAGAAGUGCACGCUCAACCCCGUUUUUAACGAGUCAUUCAUCUACGACGUGCCCGCCGAGCUGCUGGCCGACGUCUCUGUGGAGUUCCUGGUGGUCGACUUUGACCGUACCACCAAGAACGAGGUGGUGGGCCGCCUGGUGUUGGGUGGCCAGAGCCUCAUGCACACUGGGGUCACCCACUGGAGAGAGGUCUGCGACAACCCCCGCCGGCAGAUUGCCAAGUGGCACAACCUGGGCGAGUAU